AUGAGAGUUUUAUUAUUUAUUUUUGUCUCUUUUUUAGCGAUAUCGUUAGCCAAAAUAAUUCUUGAAGAUGAUGAUUUAGUUCCCCGUAUUAUCGUUUUUAAAAAAAAAGCUCCUUAUGUUAAAAAAGUAAGCCAAUUUUGUCUUAAUCAAUGUUCUGAACAAUUAAACCAAGAGUAUGCUUUUCUUGAAGUUAAAAGAGCUGUUAAGAUAAUACUUGAAUUGAAAGUAAAAGUUGUUGCUUACUUUUAUGGAACACUUAAAACUGACAAAUCUAAAAGAAUAUUAUUCAGAGGAAAAUACCAAGGUAUAUUUAGUAGUCCUAAAGGCAGAAAGUGUAAAUGUAAAAUAUUGGAACAAAAUGAGACAACAACUGUUGGGUCAAUUACUUCAGCAUCUACAGAGGCUACAACCACUUCAUCUGAACUACCUACCAUACGUGUAGAAACUACAACAACUGCAUCAACUUCUCCACCAACAACUGUUACAACAACGGAAAGAGUUACUACUUUAACUAUUCAAACAACUAGACGAACUAUAUUACAAAAAGUAAAAGAUAAAGUAAAAAACGUGUUCAGCCGUAUUAAAAAAAUUUUUGGCAAAUAA